AUGGCAGCCCCCCUUCUGCCUCAGUCGCCAGCCAACCGACAGCAGGCUGCUGGCGUAAACGCGGUGUCGCCGAAUACACCACUGACUCCCGGUAGCCAGAACAGAGAACAGCAGCGGAUCACGUUACUUUUGGAAUUGAACCUCGAGAUGCUGCAGGAGGUCAAUAGGCUGCAGGCCGAUGGCAAAGGCGGUGCCAUCAAUCCGCAGCAACAAGCGCAACUCAAGGCCGCAGACCAGCCUUCAGGCAUGGCUUCAGAUGAAUACAUCCAGGUUCUGCGACGCGUACAAGCCAACCUGGCGUACCUCAUGCCGAAAGCGCAAGGCGACGCCUCGAAGACACCAAAAGGUCCGGCAUAUAUGUCUCCACCUCCUCACAUGCCGCAACUACAGCCCAGGUAUGAUCAGCUGAAAGAUCUAUUUCCGGACUGGCAAGGCUUGGAGCAUAGAGUGUCGCAGUCAUCCGCAUCGCCACGACCG